AUUAUAUACUGUAUUUAUUUUAGCUAAAGAAACUACAAAACAAAAUGAAUCAUCUUUUCAAAUCACUGUCUCAAUUCUGCAAACCAUCUAAGAUUUUACAAGAUUUUACCAGAAGAUCAAUCUAUUUGUUGACAGAAUUUAAUUGUGUUGAUAACAGUGAACUUGGGCAAGUAUCGAAGAGAUAUCGAAAGCCUUAUUUGAUUGGGUUUUACCGGAAACGUAGAACAGCUGAUAUAGGAGAUGUAAUUAAAGUUGCUGUGAAAGGGAGGCCCUGUAGAGCUCUGGUUGUUGCAACACGGAAACGAAAAUUAGAUAUGACUCCAAGAUAUGAUAACAACAAUAUUAUACUUCUAGAUGACAAUAAUAAUCCACUGGGAUCGAGAAUACGCGGACCUUUACCGACUUUUAUGAGAAAAAGAAAGGAUAGAUUUCCAAAAGCUGUGGCGCAAGCUAAUAGAUAUGUUUGAAGAAUGAAGAAUUAUUUUGUCUUGUUUUGGAACUUGCCAACUUCAGGGUCUUGAACAUUGUACUGUUUUUUUUUAGUUCAGAACAUGAGGAAAGAACAUUAUGUCUCUAGAGAGGUCCUGUCUUUAAAAUUUUGACCUUUAAAGUGGCUUUUCUUUUGCUCAUACUGGUAUUGCAGUCUAUUUAAGCUGUUGUUAAUGUGAUUUUUGUAUCAAAAAUAUUUCUUCUAAACUUUGUCAGUUUCGUUCGUUUAACUCAAUUGAUUGCCCAUAAUUUUGCAUUUAAGGUAGCCUUAAAUGAAUCUUAAUGUUUUUGGAACAUAUUUCUGAAGUUUUGCUUGCAUUUAAUUUUGUUCUUGUUUUUUCAUAAUAUAAAUUUUAAAACUUUCUGUAAUAUCCUGCUUUUGUUACACAGACAGUUUUAUAUAGAUAGACUUUGUAACAGGUUAUACAAUAAGAAGUCAUUUUCCAACUCCAUGCAUCACAUUCAAAACUAUGAUUGUUGAUAUUUUUUAAUAUAGCUGAACGUUAAUUGUUACCUUAAUAUGCUAACCUAUGUUAGCGAUCAAUGUUGCAUUAUGAAAUAGUUAUAAAACAGGCCAGGUAGGUACUCUUAAUAACAAUGUAUUUCAUGGAAAUUUAUUUAUAAGGAUCUUCUCCCAAAAACAUUUAGUAAAAUUAGAAAUUUUAAUAAGUAAUGUUAAAUGUUAAAGUAAUGUUAUCAUAAAAAAUGUUUUGUAGAAAAGACUUAAUGAUUUUU